CCAAACCUACAGUCACUGGGUCCUGAUUGUGACAGUGGAGCCCAGUUUGCACUGCAGGAUCCAGAGAUGGCAUCAGUGAAGCUGGAAGACUGCAGUCAAACACUGGAGCUGAAUGUCAACAUUAAAGAUGAAGAAGAGGAGAAAUCGGUUUCUCUUAGACAACUGGAAUUAAGUCUGAGACCGGUAACAUCAAUAGUGAGGACAAACCCAGCCUGCCUCUCUCCUUCCACACUGAGUCCAAACCUACAGUCACUGGGUCCUGAUUAUGACAGUGGAGCCCAGUUUGCACUGCAGGAUCCAGAGAUGGCAUCAGUGAAGCUGGAAGACUGCAGUCAAACACUGGAGCUGAAUGUCAACAUUAAAGAUGAAGAAGAUAAGAUUGGGAAAUCUCUUUCUCAUGGAGACCAUGUUGAGACAUUCUCUACAUCCAGAGAGCAACAGCAGGAAGAUCACAGAGCUAAGAGGUCUCACCACUGCCCACAUUGUGAGGAGAAUUUUUCAGUUAUAUCAAAGCUAAAAUUACAUGUAAAAAUACACACAGGAGAGAAUCUGUUUUCCUGUACUGACUGUGGGAAGAAUUUCACAACAUCAAAGGCUCUGACAGUUCAUCAGAGAGUGCACAGAGGAGAGAAGCCUUACCCCUGCUCUGACUGUGGAAAGAGUUUCUCUCAACUGGGCACCUUAAAAAGACAUGAACGUAUACAUACAGGAGAGAAGCCUUACUCCUGCUCUGACUGCGAAAAAUGCUUCAAAAGAUCAACUGCUCUAAAAGUUCACCAAAGAAAUCACACAGGAGAAAAGCCUUACUCCUGCUCUGACUGUGGAAAGAGUUUCUCUCAACUGGGCGACUUAAAAACACAUGAACGUGUACAUACAGGAGAGAAGCCGUACUCCUGCUCUGACUGUGAAAAAUGCUUCAAAACAUCAACUGAGCAAAAAGUUCACCGGAGAACACACACAGGAGAGAAGCCUUACUCCUGCUCUGACUGUGGAAAGAGUUUCUCUCAAUUGGGGGACUUAAAAACACAUGAACGUAUACACACAGGAGAGAAGCCUUACUCCUGCUCUGACUGUGGAAAGAGUUUCUCUCAACUGGGCCACUUAAAAACACAUGAACGUAUACAUACAGGAGUGAAGCCUUAUUCCUGCUCUGACUGUGGACAGAGUUUCUCUCAACUGGACAACUUAAAAAGACAUGAACGUGUACAUACAGGAGUGAAGCCUUAUUCCUGCUCUGACUGUGGAAAGAGUUUCUCUAAACUGGACAACUUAAAAAGACAUGAACGUGUACAUACAGGGGUGAAGCCUUAAUCCUGCUCUGAUUGUGUAAAAUGCUUCACAACAUCAACUGACCUAAAAGUUUGUCAGAACACACACUGGAGAGAAGCCUUACUCCUGCUCUUAAUGUGGCAAGAGUUUCUCCAGAUUGGGAAAUGUAAAAACACACCAACGGAUACACACUUGACUGAAGCCUUAUCACUGCACUGACUGUGAGAAGAGAUUCUACAGAUUGGGCCAUUUAAAAAGACACCAAUGUGUACAUAAAGGAGAGAAGCCUCAUCAGUUCUCUCAGUCCAGCUAAGAUUUGUCACUUAAUUCUCAUGUCAUUAAAUAAUUGGCAACAUUGAAUUGGAUCAAAUGAAGCGUAGAACACUCUAUUGUAAAAAACUAAACAAAAAAAAACAUUAAGGACACCUGCUCUUUCCAUGACAGACUGACCAGGUGAACCCAGGUGGGCUAAGGAAUGAAAACACUGGACACUGAAAAUUGUAAAACUGUUGCCUGGUCUGAUGAAUCCCUGUUCCUGCUGUUUCAUGCUGAUGGGAGGACUGGGGGAGGAAACCACGAGGACAUACAUCCAGUGGUGGAAAAAGUACCUAACUGUCAGACUGAGUGAAAGUUAUGAAACCUUAAUAGAAAAUGACACAGGUAAAAGUGAGUUACUCAGUAAAAUACUACUUGAGUAAAAGUCUAAAAGUAUUUGGUUGUAAAUAUACUUAAGAAUCAAAAGUAAAAGUGUGAAUCAUUUCAAAUUCCUUAAAUUAAGCAAACCAGACUGCACAAUUGUCUUGUUUUUUGAUAUUACGGAUAGCCAGGGGCAGACUCCCAACACUCAGACAUAAUUUACAAACGAUGCAUUUCUGUUUAGUGAGUCUGCCAGAUCAGAGUCAGUGGGGAGGACCAGGGAUGUUCUCUUGAUAAGUGCAUGAAUUGGACCAUUUUCUGUCAUGCUAAUCAUUAAAAAAAUGUAACAAGUACGUUUGGGUGUCAGGGAGUAAAAAGUGCAUUAUUUUCUUUAGGAAUGUAGUGAAAUAAGUUGUCAAAUAUAAGUAGUCCAGUACAGAUUUUUUUUUAGAAAAAAUAAUUUAUUACCAUCUAUACCAUUCAUACUUUACAAAAUCAUAAUUCUCAUUCAUUCUUAAUUAAUUAUAUUUACAAAAACACCAAACAAAAACAAACCUCAGGGGAGCAUCGUCCCUCCCCGUCAUACCUAACCAAUACCUUACCCUUUCCCUAUCUCCCCUUCCCUAAUCUAUCCCCUUACAAAUCUCACUCUAACACUCCCAGCCCUAAUCCCCCUUCCACCUCUCCCGUGCAGCAUGCUGCCCCCACUUCCUCUCCUCCCUCUUCAUCCUCCCCCUCAAAUCACCUUCCACCCUCCUCACUAUCCCUUCCACCCCCCAAUCUCUCCCUAUCUUAACUAAAUUCUGCCUGGCUUCCCACAGUCCCCUUUUAAAGAGACUCAUGAGAAGCCAGAGCAGAAACCUGUCCCUAUUCGUUCCCCUCACUCUCCCUACGCCUCUCUCUAGCCUAGCCCAUGUCAACACAAAGUCACUCCUAACCACACCUAGCAACACCCGUGCCCUAGCCCAUACUAGUCCGGCAAAGGCACAGUCCCAGAAGGCAUGGCGCACAGUCUCCU